AUGUCAACCAAUGCGCUUCAGACGCCGGAAGUACCGCUCAAGCCAGCCCACCCUGCGUUGAGGCUUCCAGUACUGGAGUUGCCCCCGCUGGUGACAGACCCUGAAGUGGAGGCGAAUCGUGCGGCGAACGAAGCAUUGAUUCGUGAGCUAAACGAGCGUACGCAAUCCGUGCUAAAUCAGGGCAGUGGAAAGACCCAGCUGCUCCACCUCAGCCGUGGCAUGCUAUUGGCGCGCGACCGUAUUGCGCUGCUGCUGGAUCAAGAUUCCCCCUUUCUACAGCUCUGUACCUUUGCUGGCUACGAACAAAAGGACUGUACGCCCUCGGGUAGCGUAGUCGGUGGCAUUGGCCUCGUCAGCAACACUCUAACCAUGUGCAUCGCCCAUAUCCCCACGCUACAAGGCGCCUCAGCUAACAGGGCACAGAUUGCAAAGAUUCAGCGCCUGGGCCAGAUCGCACAUGAGAAUCGACUGCCGAUUGUGUUCCUAGUACAUAGCGCAGGCGCGAACUUGCAACAGCAAUUCGAGUUCCAUCACGGCGCACGCCAGUUCUACGAUCUAGCGACGCGUUCCCAAGAUGGAAUCCCGACAUGCUCGGUCGUAUUUGGCCAGUGCCCCGCUGCGGGUGCCUAUACGCCAGGUAUGUCGGACAUGACCAUCAUGAUCCGUGAUCAGGCGCAACUCUUCCUAGGCGGACCGCCUUUGGUCAAGAUGGCGACAGGAGAGGAAAGUACCGCUGAGGAGCUGGGUGGUGCAGAGAAACACGCCACUGUGUCGGGCGUGGCCGAUUGCUUGGUCAACAAUGAGGUUGAGGCUAUCACCGAAGCGCGCUACUGGGUUGCAUCUCUCAACUGGGCUUCACGCAUUUCGCGUCCCGAGGCGCUUCUCACACCACAGUGGCAGAGUCUGGAGCCGCUAUACUCGAUGGACUCGCUUCUAGACGUGGCUCAGGCCAACAUCAAGAAGCCCUGGCGUAUCGAGCAGCUGAUCGCACGCAUCACCGAUGGCAGUCGCUUCAACGCCUUCAAGCCUCUGUAUGGCGCCAACACUGUGACUGGCUUUGCCUAUGUUGCGGGUCAUCCGGUGGGUAUCAUCGGAAAUAACGGGGUGUUGAAUCCCUCCGACGCACAGAAGACGACUCAGUUCAUCCGUUUGGCCAACAACAACAAUGUCCCUCUGUUAUUUUUGCACAACAUCUCGGGCUUCAUGGUAGGGCGCGAGUUUGAAGCUGCGGGAAGUAUCAAGUACGGAUCUCUGCUGAUUAACGCGGUUGCCAACUCACGCGUUCCCCACAUUUCCAUCAUCGUAGGCUCUAGCUAUGGUGCAGGCAAUUGCGCCAUGUGCGGGCGCGCGUACGACCCACGCUUCCUGUUCACCUGGCCUCAGGGACGUACCUCGGUCAUGGGACCCGACGCGCUGGCAGGCGUAGUGGACAUGGUGGAGCGCGAGAUUCUCAGCCGUAGCGCCAAGCCCAUCGACGAGGUUCGACAGCAAAAGCGCCGCGAGGCAAUGUUUGAGAAGGUUUCUACUGAGUCUGACUCUUACUAUUCCUCUAGCCGCCUGUUGGAUGACGGCAUAAUCGAUCCUCGCUCUACACGCGAUGUCGUCGGCUUCUGCCUAGAGAUCUUUGCCCAAGAAAAGAUUCAGGGCAACCCUGGUUUCGGCGGAGUCUCGCGCAUGUGA